AUGCAGAAUGUACCGGAGGAGUGGAGGGAAGGACGGGAUGAGAGAGGAGAGGGGAGGAUGGGGGAGACGCUGGUCAGGAGGAAAGGGGAUUCAGAACCCAGCGGAGAGAGGAAGGAGGGAGAGGAGUGGAAGAAGAACGGAGAUGAGGAGGUGGAGAAGGAGUCACUGAUGAUGGAGCUGACGAGGCUGGUGCAGAAGGUGGUGAAGGAGAGCAGCUGGUGGGAGAGGAGGGGGAUCGACUGCAGCAUCCUGGCAGCAGCGUUCCUCUGUCUGCCACCUGCCUUCUUGCUGCUGGGCUCCUCGCAGGUCUUGUGGUUUUCAGCCGGCCUGCUGCUGAUGGGCCUCGCUCACGCUGUCAUCACCAUCAAAGGGACACAUCUGGCCAGCCACGGGGCCCUGAGCGAGUCGCAGGCCUGGGCAAAGUUCUGGGCCGUCUUCUUUAUCGAGAUCUGUGGCUCAUUCUCAGCGCGAGCCGGCAUUCAGGGCCACAUUAAGAUGCAUCACGCUCACACUAAUGUCAUUGGACUGGGUGACUCCAGCGUAUGGAAGGUCCCCUUCCUGCCUCGCACUGUCUACCUGUUUAUAGCUCCCCUGGCCGUGCCUAUCAUCACUCCACUUGUUGCACUCGCUCACCUAAAAGGACACUCUUUGGCCCACAUCGUCAGGACCAUCCUGAUGGUAACACUGGGCCUGUAUUCGCAGUACUGGCUGCUGAUCCACGUCUCCGGGUUCCUGUCGCCCCUCAGCGCUUUGCUCUGCAUGCUUGUGUGCAGAGCAAUGUUCUCUGUGCCAUAUAUCCAUGUCAACAUUUUCCAGCACAUCGGCCUCCACAUGUUCUCUCAGACCCGCCGACCAAAGAGGAUCUACCAGAUGACCCACGGAGUCCUGAACCUCCCUCGCAACUUCCUGCUGGACUGGAUGUUUGGACACUCGCUUAUCAACUGCCACGUGGAGCACCACCUCUUUCCCUUCUUGUCUGAUAACAUGUGUUUAAAGGUGAAGCCCGUCGUGUCCAAGUAUCUGACUGAAAAGCAGCUCCCGUACCAGCAGGACAGCUACCUCUCCCGCCUGCGCCUUUUCUUCCACAAAUACCAGGAGCUGAUGGUGUUUGCCCCGCCGAUCACAGAGCUGGUGGGAGUGCAGUGAAGGAGGAAAACCCAUUCAGACUAAUGCUGCUAAAAAAGCACAAGCUUCAGUGUUUAAAUGCAUUUCUGCCGACUUGUUACAACCUCCACAGUCCAGGUUUGAAGAGUCUCUAACAUACAGGAUAGGUUUUUAAUCAAUAACACACGAUGUUAGGAGCUAAAUUAACAUGAAAUCUUCAUGAUAUUGUUUUUUGUUACUUUAACUGAAUGUAUAUCAUACACUAUUAGAGGUAAUUUAAUAAAUAGCACAACCAAAUUUAAAUGGGGUUUAAUGGGCGCUGCAUUAAAAGUUUAAAGUGGGAGAUUAAUCACAGCUUUUGAACUGACCUGAGGCCUGUUUCAUGAAGCAAAUAAUUCGAUUUAGUGAGGCUCUCUGUGAGGUACCUGCUGGUCCUGGUUAACUGGUUCGACAAAGAUGGAUACCAGCCGCCCCCAUUAACUCUGGAAAUUGUUGAUGCUCACAUGCAGCAGUAGAAAAUAACAAUUCAUAAAGGUAAAGGUUAGAAACUAAGCACAGUAGAGUAUAAAUAUAGCAAUAAAAACAGAAAAUAAGCAACAAAACUAUCCAAAUGUGUUAAAUUCUUACAGAAUUUAAUAUACGUUUUGUACAUCAUUUUGUAGUAUUUCAAAUGUUUCUUUUUAGAUUAUGUUUCUGUUCUUUAUGCUAAGCUAGGUUAAUCACCUGCUGGCUCCAGCAGCGUACUGCGUUUACCAGUACAGACAGACAGGUGUUGAUCUCCUCAUCUAACUCAGCAAAACAGUGACAGACUGCAGACAGUGGAAACGUGUAUUAAACUGCAGCUGUAAUGAAGUCAUUGAUCCAGCUUUGUGAGACAGGCCCCCCCGUUGCCGUAGUGACAGAUGUUGGUGCUGUUGUUGUCGAUGCAAAUAUUUGAUUUUUCUUUGUCCUCAUGUCAAAGGCACAUCCGUUACUGCACUGUAGUUACAGUCCAUACAGUAGAGGUGUUUCAGUGUAUUUUAUGUGGUCUGAUAAUAAACGUUAACAUGAAUUUUCAAGAA